UGUCGUGUAUGGACUCCCCGAGUCCACAUUUCUAAUCUCAAUAACCACCUGACUCAUAAAAAUAAAAAACCCUAGUUUUUUCACACACCUAACACACUCUUCAGGUUCUCUCACUCUCCUAUUCCAACUAAUUCCUUUUUCUCUUCCACCGCAUUGUGUUUAUUGGGAAUUGGGCAUAUGGGUUGAUGUUGAUUAACUAGGUUUUGUUUCAUGUGGGAUUGUGUGCGAUGAUGAUGAUGUCGAUCUGCUUGCUUGGUUGCAGGGAAAAUUGAGGAAGGAAAAUCCCCCCUUUCUUUUUCUCUAUUUUCUUUUCUUUUCUUUUUUUUUUGGAAAACGCUAAUUUUUUGGAGGAAUUAAGGGUUGGGAUAUAUGUCCUUCAAUCAAUCAAAAUCCGACAAGAGUGACGCUGUGUACCGAAAAUCCGGGCGAUCUGCCGGCUUCAAUCAGCAGCGAGGCUCCUCCGGUGGUGCAUACGGUAGGGGCGGCGGUGCCGCACCUUCUCCGUCACUAUCCUCUAACCGCAGUUUUAACAAGAAGUCUAAUAAUGCACAAGGUGGGCAAUCUAGGGUAAACCCUUCUGCACUAACCGAGUCUAAUAGUACUUAUGCAACCCGGACUGCACCAAAUGGUAGCCAUGUACAGCCUCAAUUUCAUGGAGGAUCUGAUGCACCCGUUACCAAUACCACUGUCAAGUCAUCAGAAUCCUCAAAUGCUCAGAGGACAACCAGAGCUGUUCCAAAAGCUCCUACUUCUCAACCUCCCACCUUGAGUUCUGAUUCAGCUGCUUUGACAACCCCUGCUAAGGGAGAUGCAUCCAAGGCAUUUCCUGUCCAAUUUGGAUCUAUUAGUCCAGGUUUUAUGAAUGGAAUGGCGAUUCCUGCUCGCACAAGCUCAGCUCCACCCAAUUUAGAUGAGCAGAAGCGUGAUCAGGCCCGCUAUGAUUCUUUUAAACCUGCUCCAGCACCAGCACCAGCACCAGCACCAACACCAGCACCUCCUGUUCCAAAGCAGCACCCUGUGAAGAAGGAUACAGGUAUUACUGAUCAAUCUCAUGCUGGGACUAGGGCGAAGAAAGAUAUGCAGGUGUCAGCAUUGCCUCCUGGAAGCCAGAUGCAAAAGCCUUCUGUUGUUCCUUUAAGUGGAAUUUCAAUGCCAAUGACGUAUCAUCAGCCCCAGGCAUCUGUACAGUUUGGUGGUCCGAAUCCGCAGAUUCAAUCUCAGGGUAUGCCAACAGCAUCUCAUCAGAUGCCUUUACCUAUGCCUUUGCCAGUUGGAAAUGCUCCACAAGUGCAGCAGCAGGUCUUUGUUCCAGGCCUUCAACCUCAUCAGAUGCAUCAAGGACUCAUUCAUCAGAGCCAAAACAUGAGUUUUACUCCUCAAAUGGUCCCUCAAUUGCCCCAUCAGUUAGGUAGCAUGGGCAUUAGCAUUGGCCCACAAUAUUCCCCACAGCAAGGAGGAAAAUUUGCUCCUCGUAAAACUACUCCUGUCAAGAUAACUCAUCCUGAGACCCAUGAGGAACUUAGGCUUGAUAAAAGGGCAGACACGUAUUCAGAUGGUGGGUCAUCCAGUGCUAAAUCUUACUCUAGUGUGUCUUCUCAAUCUCAACCUGCAAUGCCAGUUUCUCAUCCUAUUAAUUACUAUCCAUCCCAUGCUCCCUUCUAUCAACCCUCUAGUAGUAGUCAGAUAACACCAAAUUCUCAGCCACUGAGAUUUAAUUAUGCAGUGAGCCAGGGUCCCCAAAAUGUUAGUUUCAUGAAUUCAUCUUCUCAUAGUUCACUACCUGUUAAUAAAGUUGUCAAUCAUAUCCCUGGCAUUGUUGAAUCAUCAAAUCCAAAAUUUUCCCGGGAUGUGCAUAAUGCUAUCUCACAAUCUUCAACAGGAGCAACUUCUGUGUCUGUUAAACUUAGUAGUGGGUCUGGUGUUGUAGACUCAUCAGUUGCCAAUUCCAAUAUUUCUGCUGCCCAAAAGAGUGACCCUGCCAGAGCUUCAGUAGUGUCUGGUAAUGCUAGCUCCUCUUUGCCACAAAAAGGUUCUGAAACCUCCUCUGAGGCUUCGUUGGAACAGUCUAAGUUAUCCGGUGAUUCUUCAGUUUUGAGCUCAUUGCCAAAACAAUCUGCUGCAUAUACCAAGGUUACAGCUGCUCCCAUGAAGCCUUCAUCUGCUGUGAAUGAGGAGGCUGUUUUAGUUGUGUCUAAUAAUGAAGAAAAGGGGAAGGAAUCUCUGAGUAGGUCAAAUUCUUUGAAAGAUAAUAAGAAGGUUGUACAGUCUCCUACUGUUUCAUAUGUGUCUUCCCAAGCUGUUGAGAGAUCUACUGGGGAUUCUGAAACUGUUGUAACUAAAACAAACCAUUCUGCAGCUGUUAUCAGUGAAGAUAUCACAACAACGACUGAAGAUACAUUACCAACUCCCCCUUUGAGUAUGCCUCAUGCUGAAGCAAAAAGAAAUGGUGCUGUAGAACCUUCUACUCAUGUUUCAGCUGAAGGACCUGUUGCUCAAGCUGCGGAUAGUUUGAAAAAGAAUGAUGAGCUAGAUGAAUUUUCACAACUGGAUAAACUUCCAAAGAAUAAAGAUUCAGAAAUGGGUGAAAAUACUGAAAUAUCAUCUAUUCAAGGAUGUAAACGGGAGCUGGAUGAAACUACAAGCUGUAUUCCAGAAUGUGUAAACAAAAACCCUACUGCAUUGGGUUCUUCUACAGAUGCUUGUUUGAGUAGAGAUGAUAUUGCAGUUAGUAGUGAAGCUGUUGUAAGUUCUCCGACAUUAGACCAGAAUUCAUCUGAUAUUCCAGAAACAACAUCAGAACAUUUCGAUGAUGGUAUAGAGAAUGCUGGCAGUGUAGUUUUUCUUCCAGCACCAGAUACUAAUGAUAGAUCAAUUUUAGAUCAAAAUAAGGUAAAAACUACAUCUAAGGCGAAAAAGAAAAGAAAAGAGAUUCUUCAGAAAGCAGAUGCUGCUGGGUCAACCUCUGAUCUUUAUAAUGCAUACAAGGGACCUGAAGAGAAGAAAGAUGCUGUUGUUAGCUCAGAAGAAGUGGCAAGAGUUUCUACUUCUGGAAGUUUGGAGCAGUUGUCUACUAAUGCUGCUCAGCCAGAUGCUAUAGCAGGUGAGCAAUGUAGGGAGAAUAAGGCUGAACUUGAUGAUUGGGAGGAUGCUGCUGACACGUCUUCACCAAAACUUGAAGUUUCAGAUCAAACUGAACAGGUUAUUGAUGGAUGUGUAGUCAUUGUGAAGAGGUACUCUCGAGAUUUCCUUUUGAAGUUUGCAGAGCAGUGCACCGAUCUUCCUGAAGGAUUUGAAAUCACAGCAGAUAUUGCGGAGGCUUUGAUCAGUGCCAACAUUAGUAGUUCACGUGAUCCGCAUCCUUCUCCUGGAAGGAAUAUAGAUAGGACUGGUGGGAUGUCUAGGAUAGAUCGGCGUGGAGGUGCUAUUACUGAGGAAGACAAGUGGAGUAAAGUUUCCAAUUCUUUUCAUUCUGGUAUGCGUUUGGAUAGUAUUGGAGGUAAUGCAGGAUUUCGUCCAGUUCAAGGAGGCAAUUUUGGUGUAUUAAGGAAUCCUCGCUCGCCUCUGCCAUAUGCUGGAGCUGGAGGGAUUCUUUCUGGGCCAAUGCAAUCCAUGGGAAAUCUGGGAGGAAUGCCAAGAAACAGCUGUGACAGUGAAAGGUGGCAGCGUGCUUCAAGCUUCCAGCAAAGGGUUUUGGUUCCUUCUCCUCCUCAAAGUCCUUUGCAGAUGAUGCACAAAGCUGAAAAGAAGUAUGAAAUCGGUAAAGUGACAGAUGUGGAAGAGGCCAAACAGAGGCAAUUGAAAGCUAUAUUAAAUAAAUUGACUCCUCAGAAUUUUGAGAAGCUUUUUGAGCAGGUAAAAGCAGUUAACAUUGACAAUGCAGUAACUCUCACUGGUGUCAUCUCACAAAUAUUUGAGAAGGCUUUGAUGGAACCUACCUUCUGUGAAAUGUAUGCCAAUUUCUGUUCACAUUUGGCUGCUGAGUUGCCUGAUUUUAGUGAAGACAAUGAGAAGAUAACUUUUAAGAGAUUAUUACUGAACAAGUGUCAGGAAGAAUUUGAGAGGGGUGAAAGAGAGCAGGAAGAAGCAAACAAGGCGGAUGAAGGUGAGGUCAAGCAAUCUAAUGAACAAAGGGAAGAGAAAAGGACAAAGGCAAGAAGACGCAUGCUGGGUAAUAUCAGAUUGAUAGGAGAACUGUAUAAGAAGAAAAUGUUAACAGAGAGGAUUAUGCAUGAGUGCAUCAAGAAGUUAUUAGGUCAGCAUCAGGAUCCGGAUGAAGAAGAUAUUGAGGCUUUGUGCAAGCUCAUGAGUACGAUUGGGGAGAUGAUUGACCAUCCCAAAGCCAAGGUUCAUAUAGAUGUAUAUUUUGAAAGGAUGAAAUCAUUAUCAAACAACAUGAAUUUAUCUUCGAGGGUGAGGUUCAUGUUGAAAGAUGCCAUCGAUUUAAGAAAGAACAAAUGGCAACAAAGGAGGAAAGUUGAAGGUCCAAAGAAGAUUGAGGAGGUGCACAGAGAUGCUACCCAAGAGAGGCAGGCCCAAACAGGUAGGUUGGGUCGUGGUCUGGGCAAUAAUCCAGCAAGAAAAAAUCCUGUAGAUUUUGGUCUGAGAGGGGCAUCUAUGUUACCUUCACCUGUUGCUCAGAUGGGUGGAUUACGUGGGCUGCCUUCUCAAAUUCGCGGAUAUGGUCCACAGGAUGCUCGAAUGGAAGACAGGCAUGAGGCUAGGAUUCUCUCAGUUCCAAUGAGUCAAAGAUUGGGUGAUGAUUCAAUAACCUUGGGACCCCAAGGAGGUCUUGCUAGAGGAAUGUCCUUAAGAGGUUCAACUGCAGUUUCAAGUUCAACCAGUUUUAAUGGUUAUACUAAUUUAGCAGAGGGCUCACCAUACAGUUCUAGGGAGGGCCUAGCAUCAAGAUAUAUUCCAGAUAGAUUUGCUGCGCGAACAGCUUCUGAUCAAUCAAGUGCCCAAGAGCGAAAUAUCAAUUACGGUAACAGGGACCCGAGAAAUGCAGAUGGGAAUUUCGACAUGCCUGUUGUAACUUCGCCUUCUCAACUUCAAGGGACAGCAGUCUCCCAGAUUCCUUCUUCAGAAAGGGUUUAUCCGGAGGAACGGUUGCUAGACAUGUCAAUGGCAGCAAUAAGAGAAUAUUAUAGUGCUAGGGAUGAGAAGGAAGUUGUUUUGUGUGUGAAAGAUUUGAACUCUCCAAGCUUCCAUCCUUCCAUGGUGUCUAUUUGGGUCACAGACUCUUUCGAGAGAAAGAACACAGAGAGAGAUCUUCUGGCUCAGCUACUAGUCAACCUUGUGAAGUCUCAGGAUGGUAUCUUGAGUCAAGCCCAGCUCAUCAAAGGGUUUGAAUCUGUUCUCAGUACUUUGGAAGAUUCAGUUAACGAUGCCCCCAAAGCACCAGAGUUUCUUGGCCGCAUUUUUGCCAAAGCUGUAACAGAGCAUGUAGUCUCUUUGAAAGAGAUUGGGCAGUUAAUACAUGAUGGCGGUGACGAACCUGGCAGUCUCUUAGAAGCAGGACUCGCAGCUGAUGUUCUUGGAAAUACCUUGGAGGUCAUAAAAAUGGAGAAAGGUGAUGAUGUUUUAAGUGAGAUCCGGACAAGCUCCAACUUGCGGUUGGAGACUUUCAGGCCACCUGAACCUUUGAAAUCAAGGAAGUUAGAGAGUUUUAUUUAGAGGAUAGAGAUGCUCAUAAUAUCCUUUUGAAAUAGAGGGAAAAAUUAUUUAUGCCUAGUGUUUAUAGGAUACUCAAAUUUGCUGAAAACGUUUUCUCCAUACCGGUUGGUGGGAAGAAUUUUGCAAAUGUGGUUUCUGUCAUUAUUUGUGACAUCACUGGAAUUAUAUAGCAGGUUCAUGGAAGCAGCAGAAAUUUUGGGCUGUUAUGUCA